AUGUCGGAUGAUGAAGUUCAAUCGUUUUCUGCUGAUUAUGCUAAAAGUGAUCUAGCAAAAUGUCACGGUAAAAAUUGCGCUAAUGAAAUAUCUAAAGGCACACUCCGUCUAGCUCGUCUGAUUCCUAAUCCAUUUAUUCCGACGUCUAGUACUCACGGUGAUCAGCUGAUGCCUCAGUAUUAUCAUGUACAAUGUUUCAUGAAUUAUUUACGAUCGGGUAGUGAGAAGAAGAAACGUGUCGCAAAUGUGAGCAACGACAUCCAAGGUUUUGAAGAAUUAAAGAAAAAAGAUCAAGAUUAUUUAAAAAGACUAUUCGCUAGCGAACAACAGGUAAACAAGAAACUAGAAUCAUCUACAGCCCAAACCACAUAUCUCGAAGCACACACUGACGAUGAUGACAAAUUUUGGCAAAUAACAAUCGAUAACAAAACAACAAAAACAAAAUACGGUAUAUUGGGUGAAGAUGAUUCGGAGGCUAUUAUUCUAAUUAAAGAUUUUUCAACGAACCAAGAAGCCCAGAAAUAUGUUGAUAAAAAAGUACAAGAGAAAGUGAAGCGUGGAUAUACAAUUGAAAAACAAACAGGCACAGUUGGAACGAAACGUAAACGAGGCGCAUCAAAUGUGAGAAAAACACCAGACAAACGUCAAAAACUAGCUAAUACAAAGACAACAGCAACUAAUACGAAAAAACGUUCAUCUAAUAAAACUUAA